AGCCAGGCUGCAACGGCUCGGCUUAGAGACUCAGUUUCAUUUCCUCAGCUGCAGACUGACUAUUCUGCUUCGGCACGCCAGGGGAAAAGCUAAGUUUCACUUUCUUUUUCCCAGACAUUUCAUCACAGACCAUGAGUGCUGGACCAAAUAAAAGGAAGGCACAACAGCAGUGGGCAGCACUCCUUUAGCUUUGGGGCUAUCUGAAGACAAGUGAGCAGAAAAGGAAAACCAUGAGUACCAUUUCCAAGGAUUCCUUGAAGACUUCCCUAUUGCAGUUAGAAUGUCAUUUUACAUGGGGUUUGCUGAAGGAGCAUGUAAGUCUUGAGGCCCUAGAGGAAACAACACUUGAUCAUAUCAAGUUUUUGGCAAAAUAUGAGAUUAGAGAUUAUAAUUUACUCUCCUAUGUAAAAUACCUAAAGAAUUCAAAUGAGGAAGCCCUGAGAAGUCUCAAAAAAGCUGAAGAAGCUAUUCAAAAACGUCAUCCAGAUGAAAUUGACAGGAAAAGUCUUGUUACCUGGGGGAACUAUGCCUGGAUCUAUUACCACAUGCAGAGAUAUGAAGAAGCUCAAACUUAUGUAAGCAAAGUGGAAAACAGCUGCAAAAAGCUUUCAAGUUCUGCUGAUGGGAAGAUUGAGCUUCCAGAGAUCUACGCUGAGCAAGGAUGGGCAUUAUUGCGGUUUGGGAGGGCUUACUUUGAGAGGGCAGUGAAUUGCUUUGAAAAUGCUCUGAGGAGUGAGCCCAAUAACUCAGAUCUUAAUGCUGGCUAUGCAACAGCAAUGUAUCGCUUGGAAGGCGACGCUCGGUGGUAUGGUGGGGAGAGGAGGCCAUGCCUCGAGGCCCUGAAGCGGGCAGUGGCACUGAACCCAAUGGACACUUCCAUUAUGGCAUUGCUUGCAUUAGAGCUUCAGCGAUUACAUCGAGCUAAUGAAGGGGAGAGGUACAUUGAAGAAGGACUGCAGAAAACCCCUGACUUUCCUGUUUUCCUGCGACAUGCUGCUAAUUUUUACAGAAAGGAAAAAAAAGUGAACAAGGCACUGGAGAUUUUGAAGAAGGCCCUAGCACUGACGCCAAAGUCUGUCGUUCUGCAUCACCAACUAGGACUCUGCUACAGAUCCAAGGUACUUCAGCUGAAAAAGACAAGAUACCCAUGUAGAGAGGAAAUGGAGAAUCUCAUGGAGCUUGCCAUUUUUCAUUUUAAAACAGCGAUUGACAAAAAGCCAGUAUUUUUUUCUGCCUAUAGUGACCUAGCAAAGACAUAUGCAAUAGACAAGAGGUAUGAAGAAGCAGAAAAGACGUUUCAGAAAGUGCUUCAGAGAAAUGAUCUAGCCUGUGAUGAAAAACAAGACAUCUACUUCAAUUAUGGCCAUUUUCAGCAAUUUGACGUGAAAUCAGAAUCAAAAGCCAUUAAAUAUUACAUAGAAUGUCUGAAACUGGAAAUGGAUUCCUAUCCAAGAAAAAGGUCCAGUGAAGCUGUGGAGACAUUAUUGAAACAGAAAAUUGAGAGUGGUUUAGGAGAUGCCACCGAUAUUGGUACACUUGGACUCGUUCAUAAACUAAAUGGUAAGAAACAAGAAGCAAUUGAAUGCUAUGAGGAAGCCAUUGCUUUGGAUCCUAACAAUGAAGAAUAUCUGAAUGCAUUAACUGAGCUACGACUUUCCAUUUCAAGCUAAAGCUCACAAAAAUCCUGUGUACCAAAAAAUCUCCCAAACCAAGGAGGUUUCAACAGACUUUCAAAACCUUUUUUGUUGUUUGUUUUUCUUUUGAAGGUAGACAUUAUGACCAAAUAGAACACAGGUGGUAUCACUUUCCACUCAUAAUGUAGAAACUGCAGACAAUUGUUGAUUUGUUCAUUCACUAGCAAAAAGCAUGCUUGGAUAACUAUAUAAUAUAUAAAAUAUAUACUUAUAGCUAAUCUAACUUAGUCUUCAAUGCUAACAUAAGUAUAAAUGUUGGAUUUAAGUGAUAGUCUGCAGAACACAGAACUUCUGUGCUGAAACCAGAUAUUACCUUCUACUGAGAAAAAGAUAAGGGAAUCAUACAGUAGUAUUUUGUCUGUAUACUUGAAGGCAUGCUUAUACACAAAUAGAAUUUCUGAAGCUUUUUUAAGUAUUUCAAAAAUAUCUUUUGUAGAAGAAACUUUUGUUGAAGGCUUGUUCAGUUUACUACCUUGUAUGCUGUUUAGUUAUGAAAAACAAAUACCGUUUAGCUAGUCCACUGGAAGCUUACAAAAUGUAUACUAUUGCUGUGAACUACUAAAGUCUGUUUAAUCUGUU